UUUUGUUGAUGCAUCAAUCAUAUCAUGAUGACAUGCGUGUGUUGCAUGUUGAUUUUUUUUCGCUUGAAAUAAUCAAUUUGAUCGAUCCAGAAAGAUGCAGAAAGCGGGUAAAAUUUUAAUCGGAAAACUUAAAACACUUGUUACCGGGAGCAGUUCUAGAUUGGGUAAUAAGUUGGUCAAGGAUUUGGCGGAAAAUGGAGCCACAGUUUAUGCUGUCGAUAAACGUAUCCGUAGUUCACAACUUUAUGGAAAAGAUCAUCAUUUCAUACAAGGUGAUCUAGCUGAUCAAACUUUUUUAAGAGAUUAUCUGAAAAAUAUUGGUCCUAUUGAUGCAUUGAUUAAUUGUGCUGGCCAUCGAAGUUCUUACAAUUAUUUUUUAAGUUAUUUGAUUUCGAAAAACAUUUUGGAAAAGUUACAAAAUAAUGAGAUCAACCAAUUCGGCUGUCGUGGCUGUAUCAUAAAUCUAGUCUAUAUCAAUUCCAAAUAUGAUGCUGAAUAUUUCAAAAAACAAGACGAUUUUGUUCAAAAAUAUGGAAUAUCAUUGGAAACUAUAGAUGAUGAUGUAUAUCGUCUAGCUGAUCUGCUGACAGCUGCCCGAAUACGUUGUAAUACCUUGAUGGUCGAUUCGAAACAAGAUGAGAAACAGUUCAGUACAAUGGUCAUGCAUAUAUUGGAAGACCAAUAUAUUGCUGGACAAGUUAUUAACAUGGAAGAUAACCUGAAACACCAUGAAUUAAACCACGAAGAAUUCAAGGCCGAAGUUUUGCGUGGUAAAGUUAAGGAACAAAAAGGCGAUCAAAAUUAUGUGCUUCCACCCGAAAUCAAAGAAGAAAAAAUUAUUCCUUUGUCUAAUUCUACAUUUCCUGUCAAAAGUUGAUUUAUAUAUAAUAUUUGCAUUAAAUAAAUAAAUCUCGAAUUUAAAACUAAA